AUGGACGGGCUCCGGGCCAGCGCAGGUUUGCUGAGGCGCGGGCGGCUGAGACGCCGGCGCCAGCCGCAGUCCCUCAGCGGGUCGGUGCUGGUCCUGCCCUUGAGGCCCAGGAAAAUCCGAAGGCAGCUCCGGAGAAGCGCCGCGUCCCGCAUGGCGGCGCUGAGGGCCCAGUCGCUGCCCAGCGAAGACUCGGGGGACUCGCGGGCGGAACCGACCGCGGACGGUCCCCGGGACCCGCCGCCCGGAGGGGCGACGGCCACCCCGGAUGCGGGCCGGCGGGAGCCGCCCUCGCGCCUGGCGGCCGCGCCCCCGCCCGCAGCCCCCGCCGCGCUGCCCGGGCCGCAGGGGGGCGGCGCCGGCGGCGGGGGGCCGGCCGGGAGCUCCCCGCUGCAGCGCGUCCUGGCCGAGCUGAACCGCAUCCCCAGCAGCCGGCGGCGCGCAGCCCGCCUCUUCGAGUGGCUCAUCGCGCCCAUGCCGCCCGACCACUUCUACCGGCGCCUGUGGGAGCGGGAGGCCGUGCUGGUGCGGCGGCAGGACCACACCUACUACCAGGGCCUCUUCUCCACCGCCGACAUCGACGCCAUGCUGCGCCACGAGGACGUGCAGUUCGGGCAGCACCUGGACGCCGCGCGCUACGUGCACGGGCGGCGCGAGACCCUGAACCCGCCGGGCCGGGCCCUGCCCGCCGCCGCGUGGGCCCUGUACCAGGCCGGCUGCUCCCUGCGCCUCCUCUGCCCGCAGGCUUUCUCCGUCACCGUGUGGCAGUUUCUGUCGGUGCUCCAGGAGCAGUUUGGAAGCAUGGCGGGCUCCAACGUGUACCUCACGCCCCCCAACUCGCAGGGCUUUGCUCCCCACUACGACGACAUCGAGGCUUUUGUGCUGCAGCUGGAAGGAAGGAAGCUCUGGCGCGUCUACCGACCCCGGGUCCCGGCCGAGGAGCUGGCCCUGACAUCCAGCCCCAACUUCACCCAGGAUGACCUUGGGGAGCCGGUGCUGCAGACCGUGCUGGAGCCUGGAGAUCUGCUCUAUUUUCCUCGGGGCUUCAUUCACCAAGCCCAGUGCCAGGAUGGGGUGCACUCCCUCCACCUCACCUUGUCCACGUACCAGCGCAAUACCUGGGGUGACUUCCUGGAGGCCGUACUGCCUCUGGCAUUGCAAGCUGCAAUGGAGGAAAACGUGGAGUUCCGUAGGGGACUGCCCCGAGACUUCAUGGAUUACAUGGGGGCCCAGCAUUCGGAUUCUAAGGAUCCCCGAAGAACUGCUUUCAUGGAGAAGGUGCGGGUCUUGGUUGCCCGCUUGGGACACUUUGCUCCAGUCGAUGCUGUGGCUGACCAGCGAGCCAAAGACUUCAUCCACGAUUCCCUGCCUCCCGUGUUAACCGACAGGGAGAGGGCACUGAGUGUUUAUGGGCUCCCCAUUCGCUGGGAGGCAGGAGAGCCGGUAAACGUGGGCGCCCAGUUGACCACAGAAACAGAAGUGCACAUGCUUCAAGAUGGGAUAGCUCGGCUGCUGGGUGAGGGAGACCAUUUGUUUCUGUAUUAUACAGUGGAAAACUCCCGCGUUUAUCACCUGGAAGAGCCCAAGUGCUUGGAGAUUUUACCCCAGCAAGCUGAUGCCAUGGAACUCUUGCUCCGCUCCUACCCAGAGUUUGUGAGAGUGGGAGACCUGCCCUGUGACAGUGUGGAGGACCAGCUUUCCUUGGCGACCAUGUUAUAUGAUAAGGGGUUGCUGCUCACCAAGAUGCCUCUUACCUGA